UAUAGGAAGUCUGGAUACCCAAACACUCAUUUUCUUAGUUUUGAUGCCGUUUGAUGGACCAUAUUGAUCGCUCGCAUUCCUUGUUAAGUCACAGACACUGUGUUCUUGACUUAUAAACGUCUAAGAAUUGAUUAUAGUAUUCUGGCAAGACUUUGUAUCAUUAUUAUCAUUUCAUAACGUCUAUUUGUCCGUUUAAAAUGAUAUUUAAACAUCCCAAUCAAUCUAACACAAUCCAAAUUAUUAAUGUUCAACAGAGUGUUUAAUCUUGUAUUCGCAAACGUAUUAGAAAUUCAUUUGUAAUUCAGUCUGAACCUCGUUGCCAAGUUUGGAUCUGCCAUUAAUUAGCUUUCACUGUCAAUAUACAAAUAGAACAAGUGUGCGAGGAUCUGUCAAUGUCUUUUCUGGAUCACGUGACCAUGGCCUCAGUUGGACUGGAUAGAGAUGGAUUUCCACGUCAUCUUACGUCUCAAAAUUUCUGCCUCGCGGAUACCCCUACAACUCCGGUAAGAGGCACGCGCACAUGAGAGCUAUGUCGUGGGCGUUGCGUGUAGGUCUUGCUAGCCCACACUAGAAACUGCGCGGGUACAAUGAUGGAUUUUGACGAGAGAGUUUCUGUUGGGUCCAACAUGUAUCUGCCCAGCUGCACGUAUUACGUUCCGGGGGCUGAUUUCUCCACGUUGCCCUCGUUCAUAUCCCAAAGUUCGUCUUCUCGUCCCGUCACCUACUCUUACUCCUCUAACCUGCCUCAGGUACAGCAUGUCAGGGAGGUUACAUUUCGGGACUAUGCUAUUGACGCGUCUGGUAAAUGGUCUCACCGGGGUCCGCUGGCUCAGUGUUAUCCGUCGGAGGAGAUAGUACACAGGGAGUGUUUACCAGCGGCAACGACAGUUGGUGAAAUGUUCGCCAAGAAUAAUGCAUCUGCGUAUUAUCACUCAUCGAACUCGACCUCCACUACCAAUUUCUACGGUAGUGUUGGAAGAAACGGGGUGCUUCCUCAAGCAUUUGACCCCUUUUUUGACACCGCCUGCGGGGGCUCGGACAGUGUAGUGAACAGCGACUAUGCAGCGAGGGAUAAAAUGCACUCAAGCAAACAGCCAACACCAGCGCCCGCACUGGAGCAAGAGUCCGAAGGAAAGGAGCGACAGGAGACCAGCAGCCCCGAGUCUUCUUCCGGAAACAACGAGGAAAAGACCAGCGGUGCUAGCGGUGGACCCAGGGUUCGCAAGAAGAGAUGUCCCUAUACAAAAUUUCAAAUCCGGGAGCUCGAGAGGGAAUUUUUCUUCAGCGUGUACAUUAACAAAGAGAAACGAGUUCAGCUCUCAAGGAUGCUUAACCUCACCGAUCGCCAAGUGAAAAUUUGGUUCCAGAACCGGCGGAUGAAGGAAAAGAAACUAAACAGGGACCGAUUACAGUACUACAGUACCAACCCACUGCUAUAGGACAAGGAAAUAACAGAUAGAAAUAUACAACAGCUGCAGUAAUAAGAUCACACACGAGACCUUAUACCGACUCUAAGUGGUUAACUUCAAGUUCGAGACAAGAAGGAACCUUUCACUAGAGUAAGCACAUAGAGGACAUUGGAAUUCACAGUUUAAAUACAGAUUGUUUUGUGCUCGUAUAUAGAUAAACGUGUACAAUUCUGUGGCGAACAGAAAUUAUUUAAUUAAGAGCUUGUGAUAAACACUGAACAUGGACUAGCCCACUCCGCUUGUGAUUUGUGAUGGACUACACGCGGAGAUGGAGUACAACUGGCUGAAAUAUUAGGGUUUAAACAAGGAAAGGCUUUUGACAAGCCAUUCGUAUAGUGCGUGUCCAUUUGUGUGGAGAAAUGGAGCAAUAAUACGUUCUUCGUCGUCUCUCGGGAAUGUAAAUGACUCAUUACAAACUGUGUAAUGAUUAUAUUCUGAUCAUCCAAAAUGAAAUGAACAGAAAUGAAACAGACUGUGAGCUGGACUGAACGGAGCACAUGCAAUCUCGCUGAAUCGCAUCCCCAAUCAUAAACAUUUCCGGACAUUUCCAUUAGGAAUUGGUCAUCUUUAAGAAGUGGACUCUUUCAGGCUUAAGAAAUGAAAUAACGUUUUCACGAUGACCUUAUUUGCUCAUGUUCGAGUUUGCAACGCUAUGAUUGUCCUGGGAUAAAAAUGGUUUGGUUUAUUGUAAUCCAGAAAAUCAUCUUUAUGGCAUAUACGUCCUAAAUUAAAUAAUCAAAGGGUUAUAACAUA